CCCUGGCCGGAGGCGGAUAAAAGAGGAUUAAUUACCUGAAAUCUUCAAGGCUCCAGGACGCACGGUGCAAUCCCUCAGUGGAACUUUGUGCUGGAGGCUGCAGCUCCUACGAUUUCGGGCAAGACUGGCCCAGGCACUCUAGUCACUUGGAAGGCGGAAGGGAAGGAAGUACCUGAGCAAGGUAUGAGCCACUCAGAGGCAUCCUGGGGCCGCCACUCACCUCGGGGAGGAGGAGCUGGAGUCCGGACCCACCCGGAUCGAGAGGGAAAGCGAGCUCUGGGCCCGCCAGGUGAGGGAAGGAACGCCCGCCCGCUCACCUCCGAAGAGGCGGGGCGCGGCUCUCGAUUACCCGCAGGGGCGGUGCUGGCCGAUCACCUGGGCCGAGGCGGAACUGAAGGGUCCGGUCACUGCCCGGAGAACCUGUAACUAAGACUCACCUGUGCGGGGGUCGGAGGCGGGGCCGGGGCCAGAACUCACCUGAGCCGGUGGAAACCUGCCCUGGGGGUAGCCCCGGGUUCGCCCAGCGAGGAGGGGGAGGCGCCCCCGGCCGGCCCCAUCCGAGCUCCCCUCCGUGGGUCCGCGCGGCCGCCAUGACCUGGAGCGCCACCGCCCGGGGCGCCCACCAGCCCGACAACACCGCGUUCACUCAGCAGCGCCUCCCCGCCUGGCAGCCGCUGCUGUCAGCCAGCAUCACGCUGCCGCUCUUCUUCUGCGCCGGCCUGGCCUUCAUCGGCCUGGGCCUGGGCCUCUACUAUUCCUCCAACGGCAUCAAGGAGCUCGAGUACGACUACACCGGCGACCCGGGCACCGGCAACUGCUCGGUGUGCGCCGCCGCCGGCCAGGGCCGCGCGCCUCCGCCCCGCUGCUCGUGCGCCUGGUACUUCUCGCUGCCCGAGUUCUUCCAGGGCCCCGUGUACCUCUACUACGAGCUGACCAACUUCUACCAGAACAACCGGCGCUACGGCGUGUCCCGCGACGACGCGCAGCUGAGCGGGCUGCAGAGCGCGCUGCGCCACCCGGUCAACGAGUGCUACCCCUACCAGUACAGCGCGGCUGGCCUGCCCAUCGCGCCCUGCGGCGCCAUCGCCAACAGCCUCUUCAACGACUCCUUCUCGCUGUGGCACCAGCGCCUGCCGGGCGGGCCCUACGUCGAGGUGCCGCUCGACCGCACCGGCAUCGCCUGGUGGACCGACUACCACGUCAAGUUCCGCAACCCGCCGCUGGUGAACGGCAGCCUGGCGUUGGCCUUCCAGGGUACCGCGCCCCCGCCCAGCUGGCACCGGCCGGUCUACGAGCUCAGCCCAGACCCGAACAACACCGGCUUCAUCAACCAGGACUUCGUGGUAUGGAUGCGCACGGCGGCUCUGCCCACGUUCCGCAAGCUGUACGCGCGCAUCCGUCAGGGCAACUACUCGGCCGGGCUGCCGCGGGGCACCUACCGCGUCAACAUCACCUACAACUACCCGGUGCGCGUCUUCGGCGGCCACAAGCUCAUCAACUUCAGCAGCAUCUCGUGGAUGGGCGGCAAGAAUCCGUUCCUGGGCAUCGCCUACUUGGUGGUCGGCUCCCUCUGCAUCCUCACGGGAUUUGUCAUGCUGGUCGUCUACAUUCGCUACCAGGACCAGAACGACGACGACGAGGACGACGAGUAAUUCCUGCUUUCAGAGUACCCUUUCUGCUUCUUGCCAAAACGCUCUUGCAAGCUUCCUUUGGUUUCUCCCUCCCGACUGUCACCCAGUUCCAACUUCGCCUCACUUUGCCUCCAGUUGUGGAUGAGGGGACCAGAGAGAGAGAGGAAUUACACCCGAUCGGGGGCCUCCAGACUCUUCUGGGGUGUUUGAACUGCUAGAGUGAGACAU